AUGGUCCGCAGUACGAUCAUUGCUCGGACAACAGACGGUCAGUCCCCACCCUUGGUCGCGGUACAUACUGUUCCAGGCUGACCCAUCUUGAUCCGCAUCCCGAUCUUGGUCACUCGACUCGAACACGUGAACGUCCCCGACUCGAACUCACGACUCCUCGACCAGGUCUGCCCUUGGCUGCUUCCAAUGACGAUGAUGAACAGGUUCGUCGUGACCGAAGAUUAUACGCUGCGAGCCACAAGAUCGAGGGCGGACUGGACUGGACUGGACUCGAGGCGAUCUCGCGCAAAGUGGCCGGUUCAACUUGUCACUGAGCCCCUCGUCGCUCGUGGGCCACCGUGCUCGCUCGAGCAGAGCACAACAUUGCUCCCACGCACCACAUCUGCUUUUCUUGUGCGGUCUCGAUCAACGCUGACACGUUGUACACUCCCUUCCUUCUUCAACUCCGAUUCGGGCUACCCUCGGACCGACCUUCCUUCGCGAAUUCGUCCUGCAAUCGACGCGCCCCAAACAGGAUCCCAAGUUGCCCGAAUACAAGCAACAGGCCAAGAUGAUCUUCCGUCGGGUCACGCCUCAGGCCGAACCGCGUUGCUCGAUCGAAUCCGGCGCUUGCACACUCCAGUCAGUCAGACUUCCUCGACAUCUCUUCUGAAAGUAGGCGCACCCAACCCAUCUCAAAACCACGCUCAACUCCCCCUCCACAGCUACUUGAUCAGCGAUUCGAUCAUCUACCUCGUCAUCGCCGACAAGUCGUACCCUCGUAAACUCGCCUUCGCUUACCUCUCCGAGUUAUCGACCGAAUUCGCUCGCUCGUACCCUCCUUCCUCCUCUCUCAAACCCGGUCUUCGUCCCUACGCCUUCGUCAAAUUCGACACCUUCAUCCAGAGGACCAAACGCUUAUACCUCGACCCACGAGGAGCCGAAGCAUUAGGAAAAGGCGCUUCCACAGCCAACGGUGGUCCCACUUCAGGACUCGAUCAACUCAACGAGGAUCUGCAAGACGUGACGAGGAUCAUGACCAAGAACAUGGAGGAUCUCUUAUGGAGAGGGGAUUCGUUGGAUCGUAUGUCGACGAUGAGUUCGAGUUUGAGGGACGAGAGUUUGAAGUACCGCAAGGCCGCGAGGCAGAUCAAUUUGGAUGCGUUGUAUAGAAAGUGGGCACCCGUCGGCGUGCUGGGCUUGUUCUUCUUAUUCGUCGUUUGGUGGAAAUUUUGUGAGUCAAUGGACUGGGAGGUUGGUGGUUGGAAAUAUCGAUCGACUGACUCUUUCUCGAUCUUGAUUCGCUUCUUUUUACAAAGGGUGA